AUGUCAAAUGGCGAGAGCCGGCCCUCAGGGAACGCGGAAACUGAAGCAGAGUUUGAGACGAGACUCGACAGCAGGGACACGCAGAAGGGACACGCAGGACACUCGAAGAGCGGCCCCAGGAGCAGCCCCUGUACCAGCCCCGGUACCAGCCCGGAGCGGCACCAGGAUCAGCGCGGAACAGACGAGAGGGGUCGCGAGUCUUCUGUGGCGGACGGACGCGGUGCAGCAGGAGCGGCCCAGGGAUUUACAGGACGCCAGGGUUCGAGACGCACAUCCAAUCUGCGCGCGCGCACUAUCGGAGCCCACCAGGAGUGUGGAGAAAAGGCCAACACCAAGCUAAUGUGUGUGCAGUGUGGUGUUUUUAAGUGUGAUUUCCCCUGUCCCCCCAACCAGUGUGACCGAGGCUCGGACAGACGUAGGCAGACGCGCGCUCUGGGAGUGCGGGCGGACUGGUACGCGGAGCCAGCUCGGCCUGGAUCAGCAGCGGACCAGACCAGCCCGGGGUGGCUAGACCGCGCACGCCAGAUAAAGGGGCGUGAUUGUGGACGGGCCCUCACAGACUGGACUGCUCAACCCUCUCCUCUGGACGUCGUGUUAUCCCCCUUACUCCCCUCCCCAAAGUAG